UUGAGCUGGAAGGAGCCGUGUAAGGACAGGGUAAUUAUCAUUGGUGUUUUACAGAGCUCACACGUGAAGUUCCGCCCCUGUGGAGAGAGGUGGCCUGUGACACCGGGAGCCUGAGGUCUAGAUCCCAGAGGUCCCUCCUGGACUUAGAAUUGAUGAAGCCGAGUAGCCGACAAUUCCUGGGGGGUUUCUCAGUGGAGAGGCUGUGUUACAAGAGGGAAACGGAAACAUGCCCACCUAAAUGGACAGAGACACACACACACACACACACAGAGGCAUUAGCCAGCUCUCCAGGCUACGGCCUCAACCACAAAACCAGACUUUCUGGCUAACUGCUGCAUCUGUGACCUGCUUUACUCAGGUGGUGAAACUCUGGGGGCUGCCGGUUCUUUGUCAUCCCCAUCUCCAAGGGCCCCCCAAUGGGCUGAGGACCCUGGGAAGCAGGAGACUGUGUUACCAUUGCACCAUCAGGAUUGUGAUCCCUCCAGGGAGAGGGGGAGUGACCCCCCCAUGUCCUCCCCUCCCCCCCAGACACCUGGGGGAGCGAUGGCGGGCUACAGUCACCCCUUGCUCCUGGCCGUGGCCCUGCAGUCCCUGUUACAGCUGGCCCUGGGACAAGUCAUGAAUGGGAGCACCGCGACACCCACAUCCGCAUCGGGGCUCACGGAGUCGGAGCGGCUGGCAGCCAUCAUUGUCCCCUCCCUGGUCGGGGGUCUCCUGCUUAUUGGACUUGUGAUCUUUGGGGCGCUCAAGGUGCGGGAGAGGAGGCAGACGGAGGGCACCUACCGGCCCAGCAACGAGGAGCAGGUGGGUGCUCGGGUGGUGACGAACACUAACCUCCAACUGCCCCCCGAGGAGCGGCUGAUCUGACCCUGGGGGAGGGGGGGUCACACACACACCCCCUCCCCGGACUGGCAGACUCUGUCCUGACUGGAUAUUGCGGUUCCAGAGCCGGCCACACACCUGGGGGCCGCUCCUUGCUCUCUGCUGGCCGGAAGGAGCCGACGUCUUCGUCGCUGGAUGCAGGAUUUCCACCUGCGCCCCCCUGCUGCGGGCGGGGGGGUGCCGCCCAGCCAGGGCGGACACGGGGCAGCUCGCCUGCGAGCCUGCUGGCCAUGCUGCCGCUCAGCUACAUCGCCUCCUGGUGGCAGAAGCGGUGGGAGCCUCUGCUGCUGGGCUGGAAUAUUGGCGGAGCGCUCAACCUCGUGCCUGUUUCCACCUGGCUGGAUUACUUGUCUUGUGACCUCCCCUACCUCUGUCUGUUCUGGGGCAGGCUGUGUUUAAGCUGCCCAGCUCACCAAGCCAGCCUCAGCUUGCAGAUGGGGAGUGACUCUGCGUUGGCACCCGGGCUGGUGAAAGCAAGGCUGGCCCGGCAGCGAAGGAAGGGGAAGCUGUAAACUCCUGCUCUAGCCUCCGGGGAAGGUUUUGGCCUUAACCGUCGUGCCUCCGUUUCCCCAUCUAUCACCCCCACACCAUCCCCCCGCUCACCCUGGUGCUCUUAUGGUUACAAAACCUGCAGCCUUGUUGGAUGCAUGUGGAAGGUGCCACAUCACUCUGUAGUGGCUGGUGAAUGCACAGGAUAAUAGCCUCCUGCUGCUGCCAGCUGAUGGAGCUGCUCCUUGGGCUGGGGGGCUGAAGGUACUGGACUCAAACCUGGGCCACUGAUGGGGUCAUUUCUCGUGGUGGGGGGCGGGGGGGAGGCAUGAAAUAAUUAAAAAAGCAACUCGGCAGCCUCCUUUGCUGUCCUGUCUAGGGGGAUGGGACCAAACUGCACCCACUUUACCGGUCCAGUCUCUUUGUCCUCUGGGACAGCCAUGUUUCGUCCCUCCUUUAAACCAAGACUUGCUGGGAGACUUUUCCCCAUGUGCAGCAACCCGCCCCCAGAGCAAGUUCAGUGGCUUUUCUCCCAAGCCGCAGUGUCCCACAGCACAACCCCGCCCCAUUGCUGCUCCCCCAGCCAGCACCUGGGCCAAGGUCAUUUCCCUGCAUGGGGCAGCCUGGGGCACAGCACCAAGGUGCCCCCUACUCGGCGAGGCUGGAGCAGGAGCAACCAUCCCCCUGCCUGAGGCUUCCAUACCCAGCAGCAGUAGAAGCAGUGUGUGGGCUGAUUUCCUUGCCCCAUUAGUCACUUGAACCAGCCGUGGUUCCUGAGCCUCUGGCGUGGCCUGUGGGUUGGUGGAUCUUAACUCCAAGAGUUUUUCUCCCACCAGUGCCUUGGCCAUUUGAGUUAUGCGGAACACACACAAUCCAUAGGUUUAGAAUAGGCUGGCCCAUGGUGCUGGCUUUGCCUUUAUGCCACCUGGGGGUUGUCCUGUGAACAUCUCAGCUUCUCUUGACUCUAACAAACUUUGAUAAAGUGGCAGCAAGUUCCCCAGGCUUCUAAGGGAGGAAGAUGCGGGGGAACUGUUUGCCCAGCGGGCCAUCCAGCAUCAGGGGUUGCUGGGAACCCAGUUCCCCAGCCAACUGCUUGGAUCAUCUUUCCAGCCCCUGGUCGGUGCUUCCUCGCUGUAGCCCGUGUCUUGGCUCUGUCCCCUGGCGCCUCCGGGGCACGCUAACCUUGCUCAGUGGCCGGCUGAAAGCUUCCCUGCUCCCACAGCUGUCACCUGGUGCUGCACGUUCUCCGCUCAGUCACCUCUUCUCUCCUUUCAGUCCUCCCGGGAAGACCCGAAAUUAACCGAGCUGUGAGAGCCAGGAGCAAAGGUCACCAGAGCUUGGCCCUUGCCCUUUGAAAGUGCCGGAGUUGGAAGCUCCCUGCCUCAUGCCCGCCCACCGGUCAGUUCCUAGUCAUCCCCUCCCCGCAGGGUCACGCUGCCCAGUUUUGCAUGGGCCAGUGGCCGCUUCUUACUACAACCUCCCUGUUCACCCAGCACGAGGGGGGGGCUGGUCGCUGACUGGGGUGCCUGGGCCCUGUGAUGAUACAAAUAACUGCACCAGUGCAGCUCUGCUCACAGCUCAGGGUGGGCCCCCUGGUGCAGCUCUUUUCCCACCGCCAGCCCUCAAACCUCUUCUUCAGCUGACACACCUCCAGCGGGGCUGGGAGCCAUGUAGGAUUUAGGCACCUCCAGCCCUUUGAGGACCUGGGCCUCAGACCCAGGGGGUUUAGGUGCCCCAAGUUGCUAAUCUUACCCCUUCUCUGCACCCAAAUAUGCAGCAAUUUAAUUGACCCCCCCCAGCUCAAAAGGGAGGCUGGUCGUGCCAGGACGGCUCUGCCUCAGACCAGCUGGGUGAUCUUGGACGAGUCACGUCACCUCUUGUGCCUCAGUUUCCCUAGCUGUGGGAAGCCAGUCCUACAGAGCCCCGGAGGAUGGGGAGGCAGGGUUACCUGCCCCACGGGGUGCUGCGGUGGCAGCUGUUUAAGCUGGGUUUAUACCGCGGGGUGUUUUCCCUCCUUUGUGCAAAUACAACUUUUAUUUUUUUUGUAAAAUAAACUAAUUUGGGGAUCCAUUAAAAAAAAUGGGGACCAUGCCUCCCCCCCCCCCCCCUUGC